GACCUUGCUCCUUCGGCGGCUGCCUGCCCGGUCUGUGGCGAUGGCGGACGGCGCGCUGCCACGCGAGCCCGGGGCCAGCGACACGCCAGACCUUGGCCAGGCCGACACCAUCGACGCCGGCUUCGUGCUCGACAAGCUUCGGACGCGGCACGCGCACGACGCGAUUUACACGCGCUGCGGCUCCGUGCUCAUUGCUGUCAAUCCGUACAAGAGGAUGGGCCUCUUCUCGGAGGCGGUGCUCGCGCAGUACAAGAAUGCCCACUCGCUCCCAGCCGAGCCGCCGCACACCUUUGAGAUUGCGAGUGCGGCGCACCGGGCGAUGAUCCACAACGGGCGCAGCCAGGCCAUCAUUGUGAGCGGCGAGUCGGGGGCCGGGAAGACCGAGUCCGCGCGCCACAUGAUGCUCUACCUCCGAUACGUCAGCAACACCAGCCCGGAGCUCGAGACCCGCCUCUACGGCUCCGACCCCAUCACCGAGGGCUUUGGCUGCGCCAAGACGGUGCGCAACGACAACUCGUCGCGCAUGGGAAAGUUCACGGCGCUCAACUUUGACCCGAGCGCGCGGAUCCAGGGCGCCAGCCUCAACACCUACCUCCUCGAGAAGACCCGCGUCACGCAGUGCGGCCCGGGCGAGCGCUCGUACCACUGCUUCUACGCGCUGUUGCGCGGCGCGUCGCCCGCUCUGCUCAAGCAGCUGCGUCUGCCGUCGGCCGAGCCGAGUGCGUACGCCUAUCUGGCGGGCGGCCAUACCGGCGAGUCGGGCGGCGAGCGCACCGACAAGAUGCUGUGGGCGGAGCUCGAGACGGCGCUCGCCGCGCAGGCGUGGGAGGGCGCGGCGCUGCAAGAGCUGUGGCAGCUCAUCGCGGGGGUGCUGCUCCUUGGCAACGUGCGCUUCGACGCGGCCAACACGGACGCGGCGGCCGUCGAGGGUUCGAGCGCGCCCUCCGUCGCGGGCUGCGAGGCGGUGCUCGGCCUGCAGCAGGGCAGCCUCGCAAAGGCGCUGACGAAGCGCAAGCUCAAGGUUGGCGGCGACAUGGUGGAGAAGGACCUGAGCCUCGUCGCGGCGGGCGACAACCGGGACGCCCUCGCCAAGGCCAUCUACUCGAAGCUCUUCGACCGCCUCAUCGUCCAGAUCAACCGCGCGCUCGCCGAGGCGCGCAACAUCUACUCGCCGCGGGCGACCGCCCACGUCAUCGGCAUCGUCGACAUCUUCGGCUUUGAGAUCUUCGAGAAGAACUCGCUGGAGCAGCUGUGCAUCAAUUUUGCGAACGAGAAGCUGCAGGCGCUCUUCACCAAGACCGUCUUCGCCGAGACGAUGCGCGCCUACUCGGAGGAGGGCAUCGACGCCGCCGACAUCUCUUACACCGACAACGGCGCGCUCAUCCAGACGCUCGAGGCGCUAAACACGGGGAUGCUCGCCAUCCUGAGCGAGGAGUGCGUCGUGCCAAAGGGGUCGGACGAGGGCUUCACCGAGAAGGUGAUGGCGCAGCACGGAAAGGGCGGCAUCAUCGUGCGCAUGAAGGGCGUCGGCCCAAAGGACGGCUUCGGCAUCAACCACUUUGCCGGCCUGGUCAACUACGGCACCCGCGCCUGGCUCGACAAGAACAAGGACCCGCUCAACGGCGACCUCGUCGUGCUGAUGCAGUUCUCCGACAACGAGCUGCUCAAGGAGCUCUUCACCGAGCCGGCGGACGUGGCGCCCGCGGCGGGCGACCGGAAGAAGUUCAAGUCGACCAAGUUCAAGGGCGUCACCGACACCUUCUCGGCGCAGCUCACGGACCUCGUCGGCACGCUCGACAAGUGCGACCUGCACUUCGUGCGCUGCUUCAAGUCCAACGACCAGAAGAAGCCCGACCUGGUCGAGGACGCCGUCAUCACACGCCAGCUCAACACGUCUGGCGUGCUCGACGCGCUGCGUGUCGCCCGCACCGGAUUCCCCGACCGCAUGCCCUUUGACGAGUUUUGCGGCAACUUCCUCGUGGUUCCCGGCCUCGGCACCAAGGCGGAGCUCGCUGGCAAGGCGCCCAAGGACCGCGUGCUGGCGCUGCUCCAGAAGCUCGGCGUGCCCGGCCAAAAGUUCCGCUGCGGCAAGGCGCGCGUCUUCUUCGCCUCGGGCAUGCUCGAGGGCCUGCGCACGCGCCGGCUCGAGAUGCAGGCAAAGGUCGCCGUCGCCAUUCAGGCGGCCGGGCGCGGCCACAUCGCCCGCAAGGCGGCGCGUCAGCUGCGGCGUGUGCGCGAGGAGGCGCUGCAGGCGAUGCUGUCCGCUGCGGCGCAGGAGGAUGUCGAGGCGCUCCGGGCGGCCAUUGCGGACGCCCGGGCCGCCGGCGUGCAUCGCUACGCGGCGGGCGAGGCGAGCGUCGCCGGCGCGGAGGAGCGCGUGGCGGCGCUCGUGGCGGAGCUGCGGGCGCGAAGGGAGGCGGAGGGUGCGCUGGAGAAGGCCAUCGGCGCGGCCGAUAUAGCUGCGCUCGAGGUGGCGCUGCAGCGCGCCGCCGGCUGCAAGUCGGACAGGGCGUUGCUGGAGCGCGGGGAGCGGCGGCUCGCGACGCUCAAGGAGGAGGAGAAGCGGCGCAAGGAGGAGGAGGCGAGGCUCGCCGAAAUCAAGCGGAAGAAUGUGGCGGCGGCGGCGGAGGCCCAAAAAAAGGUGGCCGAGGAGCGGCGGAAACCCGAGGGGGAAAUGGCCUCCCGAGACGGGGCCCUUUUCAAACAGCAGGCGGGGGCCAAGUUUCGGCAAAAGGAGGAGCUGAUCAAGCAGCAGAGCCGGAUACAGGAGGAGGCGGAGACGGCCGACGCCGAGUCCAUCCGCCGCUCAGUAGCGGAGGAGGAGGAGGCGACGCAGCGCGCCAUCGAGGAGGAGGAGGUGCUGCGCAAGCAGGUUCUCCAGGAGCUCGAGGCGGACGGCGUGCGCUUCCGCUCAGGCACCGAGGACGUCCUCGAGUACGCCGUCUAUCUCGGCAUGGAUCUCCGCGAGGACGUCGGGCUGCUGUGGAUCGCGGAUCAGGCGCUGCAGGCGGACGACCCGGAGGGGUGGGACCAGUGCGAGUCGCCCAACGGCGAUCUGUACUACAUGCACGAGGUGACCAAGCAGGUGCUGUGGCAGCACCCGCUCGACUACCAGUACCAGCAGCUCUACCUCGAGGAGAAGAAGAAGGGCCAGGGCAAGCUCGACCGGAGGGGGUCGUCCAACGGGGCGGUCGUGGCGCCGCCCAAGCAUGGGGGCAGCCGCGGCAUCGACGCGCCACCCGCGGGCGGCCCGGUCGGCAGCAGCGACGACGCGCUGCGCCGCGUGCUGCAGCAGCUGCUCGGCACGUCGCACACCGAGCUGAAGCGGCUGCUGACCGAGCCCGCCACGUGUCGGGCGCGCAGCUCCCGCCACGCGCAGCCUCCCGUGCCUGAGCCGCGCGCGUGCGCGCCCCCACAUGCCGCCACGUGCGCAGAGCCGGCGGCGCCGCGUUUGCCCCGACGCGCAGGUGCCCGUGCGCUGCUUUGUGAUUCGGCACAAGUCGCGCAUGGGCGGCGCGCGCUUCGACUUCUUCAUGUCCAUCUCCAAGACGGACGACAUGUACUGCUUCACGGCGAAGAAGUGGUCCGUGUCGAAGGGCUGCUACUACUCCAUCGCGCUCGACCAGGACGACGCCAAGCGCGCGAAGGCGAGCUCCAGCAUGCCAGAGUCGUACGUCGGCAAGGUGCGCUCCGACCGCAAGGCGCAGGAGUACACGCUCUACGACGACGGCGCCUCGUUCGACGGCAAGGAGAAGGGCGGCAAGUCGGAGCUGCGGUGCGAGCUGCUGCACGUCAACUUCUCGAACUCGCUGCGCAACCGCAACCCGGGCGCCAUGACGGUGGUGGUGCCCGAGGUGGACAGCGAGGGCGGGAUGGUGCCGGCGCGGCCAAAGGACGCAGCGGGGCAGCUGAACGAGCGGCUCAAGCGCGGCGACCUCGGCGGGCUCAUGGAGCUCAAGAACCGCGAGCCGAAGUGGAACCCCACCUCCAACAUGUACCAGCUCGACUUCCACGGCCGCGCGACGCUCGCCUCGUGCAAAAACAUCCAGCUGCACCCAAAGCACGGCGAGCAGGCGGACGUAUCGUUCCUCAUGGGCAAGGUGGAGGAGAACAAGUUCAAUGUGGACUUCAAGGCGCCCUUCUCGGCGCUUCAGGCCUUCGCCUUUGCGCUGAUCGUGUUUGACAAUAGCUCCGGCUCGUUCUGAGAGCCUCGGGAUGGGCCGCCGGGGUUCGGAUACGGUGCCGCAUGCAGCGAGCGGGGUGGCGGCCGAGGUACAUGCCGAGAAGGGGGAGGGGCAGCGCCAGCAGCGGCGGGCCGUCCGGUCCGGCGCGUGCCCGAAUUGUGACUUGUACUACAAGGUGGGGUGAGGGUUUAAGCAAAGGGACGAAUCCCU